AUGGCCACCAAACUCGGCAAACUCUCCGCCUCCAUCUUAAUCGACAACCCCACCCGCCCUCGCUACGGUCCCAACGACCCCAUAACCGGCCGCCUCAUCCUGCGCUACAACCCCGCCACCGCGCUCUUCAAGAAAGACCCCAUCACCGCCGACCUCUUCGGCCCCUUACGAAUAAACGUCGUCCUCGUCGGUCAAAUCCGAAUCAAAAUCCGGCGAGACCGCGAUUUACCGACUCACCACGGCGGCACGCUCUUCGCGGUGCCGUUCCACGUCUACGAUGGACCUUUUAAAGGUGUCGUGAACACGGACUAUAGUUUCCCUUUCGAGGCGAGGUUUCCCGCGAUCGGGGAUGGUGGGGGGAGCUUGCCGCCGACGUUUGCGAGCCAUUUUUCGGAUUAUCCUGAUGUGGUGGAUGUGGCGGUUUUGUAUCAUAUGGGGGCGAAGGUGGAGAUGCCGGGGAUUGAUAUUAAGGUUACUGUGCCGGAGGGUAAUAAUGCGCCGCAAGUCCGAUAUGACAUUCCCAGGCCGCCUCUGUCUUUCAUCACAGACAACACUUCGGUAUUCUCGCAGCGCGACAGGGUCCAGAACGAAUACCUACUCCCCGAGUCGCUUCGACCCUCGGGCUUCAAGGCAAAAGCCAAAGCGGUCUUCAGCUCCUCACAAUUCCCGGUCUUCGCCUUCGAAGUCUUCUGCACCGACCAGAAACACAUCCACCCCGGGCAAAGGCUCACCUUCAAUGUCAGAAUCAUCCGAAACGACAAGGCAUCUUCUUCAACGGAUGGAGAUUUCUUCCCCACGAUGACUCUUGAAGGUUUCAAGGCGGAUGUCAAAUCAAGCACGGUUGUCGAUGCGAGCUCAAGAAUCAUUGGUUCAAGCCAAUGCUAUGAUUCGAAGACUGUGCAGUCGCUUACUUGCCAGACCAAAUUCCCCAUCGAGUUCCGCAAAGAGUGGUCCGCAGAUAUCACCACCGGUCCCGUAAUGAACCACACGACCUCUUUCGAACACGUCAAGACGUCCAGGACGUACAAGCUGAAAGUAUCUCUGUCAUUCAAGAUCGCGAACAAAUCUAUCAAAGUCGUCAAGGAGUGUCCUGUGGUGAUGCUACCACCCCCUCUGGAUAUCGGUGUCCAGGAUCUGAAAAUCGAGGAGCCUCCGCCACCGAUUGAAGCUGGUCCUUCUGGCACGAGGGAUGAUGAUGAGGACGUGGAUGCGCCGCCGCCGACGUAUGAGGAAGCUGGGUCGAGUAAGCUGCUGAAGAGCGGUUGA